AUGACAGCCCAAUUGCCAGGAAAGACGUUGAGAGAUCUUCGACGCAGCAUACAGCAAGUAUUAAACAAUCCCUUGCAAUCGGCUCGUACAAUUCACAGUUUGAUAAUGAAGAUACAAGCAGCCAUAUUUGCACUGGUACCAGCUCGUCUGUACACUCAGCAUUUGAUAAAAAUGAGGGGCCAGAGUGUAUGUGGUGUUUUGGGAUAA